AUGGGACGUGCCGGAGCCAUGGGUGACGGUGGAGUCCUGAUGACUGCGCUUGUCCUGCUGCUGGCCGCUGUGGCUGUCUGGUGGGCCUUUGGCCACUGGCAACCAUGGAGCUGGCGGAGAGCGGCAGCGAAGAGGACAGCGAAGAGGAGCAAGCGCCCCGGGUCCCGGCCCAGAGGCUCACGGAGGACGCGAGGAGCCCUUGCGGCUCCCAGGUUCCCCAGGCCUCGGGCGACUCCUCGCAAGCGGCCACGUGCUCCCGCGAGCCCCCUGGGCAGCCCCUGCAGCUGCGGCCCCUGCGUGGCAGUGGCCCAGGAGCUGCAGGAACUGAUGCUGCUGCUCUGGGAUGGCAACGGGACACAGGCGCCGCUCUACUCUGGGAUGUGGCAGGCGUUGUGGAAAGAACUGGAGGAGCUGCUGCAGCGAGGCCACCUGCCCUGCUGUGGCUUGUCCAGCUCCUCCAGAAGCCUCCAUCCCUUCAAGAGGCUGCUCCCAGCAAGAUUCUCCAUCCCUGGGAGAGCCUCAAGGCCUGCAAGGAUGGCACAGCAGGGGGGAGCCGCCAUCCAUGCAGGAACCUCAGGCUGUCAGAGCCCCUGCAUCCUGCCAGGAGCCUCUGCAAUCUCUGACAGCCUCCACCCCUCGCAGAGGCUCAGUGAGACCUGUCAGCCUGCAGAAGGUGCAGAGCCCGUGGACAGGUCUCCCAGCUCCCUUGGACUCACGGACUUCAACAACACGGGCCCAAUCCUGACCAUUGACGUGGCAGGGGAAAGCCCAGAAGUCCAAAUGGGAGCCCAGCCCGAUGCAGGGGAGCCGUCUCAGGAGCAGCUGGUGGAGCAGCAAGCGUCCUGGAGCCGGCAGUGGUCAUCCCACAGCGGCCAGGACGCUGUGCCGGUUGUGCCAGCUGGCGACAGCCCGAGCCUGGUGGUGGAGAUGAGCCUCCAGACACCAAGGAGGUUCCUCCAUCUCCAGGAAGCUGCCCCAAGACAGCCCUCGACUGCCAGGAAGGGCUUUCUAAUAGCAGCUGCUCCUGGGACGCCCCUGUGCGAAGCCUCGGGCUGUAGCCCCGGCCCUCGUCAAGAGCAGAGUCCAGCCCAUGAGGCCGGGGACAGCGACGGUGCCGCCCUGCCCCGCUGCACUGGGGCUCCUGCAGCCGCCUGUGCGCGCGGCCCUGGCCCAGCUCUGCCGCUCGCCGGCCCGUCGGCCGCCGGGCGGCGGCCACUGCCCGGCGCGCAGCAGGAAGCAGGGCAAAAGAAGCAGCUGCAGGAGCUGUACCAGCUGGGCCCGCAGCUGGGCAGCGGUGGCUUCGGCACCGUUUUCUCGGGCAUCCGCCUCUCCGAUGGGAGCCCGGUGGCCAUCAAACGUGUGGCCCGGGAGAGCGUCCUGCAGUGGGUCGAGCUGCCCGACGGCACCUGCGUGCCCAUGGAGAUCGUGCUCAUGGAGAAGGUGGGCUCUGACUGCCACAACAUCAUCCAGCUCCUCGACUGGUUUGAGCUGCCUGACAGCUUUGUGCUGGUGAUGGAGCGUCCGGAGGCAUCGCAGGAUCUCCUGCAGUUCCUGCAGGAGCACGAGUUCCUGUGCGAGGAGAUGGCGCGCUGGCUUUUCUACCAGGUGCUGGAGGCCGUGCGGCACUGCACCGCCUGCGGCGUCCUGCACCGGGACAUCAAGCCGGAGAACCUCCUCGUGGCCCCGGAGAGUGGCGACCUGAAGCUCAUCGACUUCGGUUGCGGCACCUUCCUCCAGGAGCAGGCCUUCACGCGGUUUGCCGGAACGCACGCGUACAGCCCGCCCGAGUGGAUCUGCCUUGGCUGCUACCACGGCCAUGGGGCGACCGUCUGGUCCCUGGGCGUGCUGCUGUACGUCAUGGUCUGCGGGAGCCUCCCCUUCAGGGACGACCAUGACAUCGUGCUGGGGCAGCUCUUCUUCUGGCAGCAGGUCUCUCCAGGUUGGUACCCGGCCUCAAGAAGGCGGGCUUUGGCAGAGGGCGGCGCGCAGCCCGGCGCGGCCCUCACGCAGCUCCGCGGGACGUCGUUCUGCCCUCAAGGGCCGGCCGCAGGAGGGGGCCCGUGCCGAGGGGGUCAGCGCGGCACGGGCGGCCGAAGGAGGCGGCCGUGCCCCGCCGUGCCGCUCUCCCGCGCAGGGCAGAGUCGGUCGGGAGGCCGGCGCAGCCCUGAGCACACGCGGCGCGGCCCGGGCCCUGCAGGCGACGGGGGCAGCUGGGCAGGAGACUUCUGCCAGUGACCGGCGCUUUCUGGCUUCUCUCCCCAGAGUGCCGACAUCUGAUCCAGUGGUGUUUGGCCAAGCACCCUGAGGACAGGCCAGAGCUGGAGGAGAUCUUGCGCCACCCUUGGGUGCAGGGCAGGCGUUUUUGAUGCCUUGCCGGAGCCUCUGCAGCACCCACUUACCGAGUCCCACGCAGGACGGA